AUGUUCAUACAUACAUUACACUAACUAUGAUUUACAUGCCUACUAUUUGUUAAAUAAGACACUAUUUGCAAGGUUGCAUAAUAUUCUAAGUCAUAAAAUUUAUUGGACCGACUGUACUGUUUGGAAAUGUUUAUAAUCAAAACUAUAUAAAUCACAUAAUAGCUUAGUGAGAUUUAUGAAUCCAGCCUUAAAGCCAAUAUCUAGAACAACCAGCUCAUUCUUGAUGUUGUACAAAUUGGUGUCUUGCUAUCUUUUGUAGGAUGAGCACGUGCUUUUAUGUUAACUCUAUAUUGAACAAGAUUUAUAUGUCCUGUCUAGGAACAAACUAUUUUCAAAGGUAUAAUUGCUAGUACUUAAUUUGAAAUGGUAGAUGGUGGAUUAAUCUCUAUCUAUCCUAGUCAAGGGAAUUGGUGCCUGUCCUCUGAUGUGUGCCCCCAAUUAAUGGGAAAUGGUAUCUAGCCUUCGGUUCAUCAGUUUUGGGCUUCCUGGCUUUCUCUGCCAAUCGCUGUCUGUGGUGCUGAAACAGAGUUCACAAAUAAAGCCGCAGAAAUUCAUCUUCCUUGCUGGUUUGGAAGCAGGAGGGAUAUGAGGGAUAUUUCCUUUACAGGGAGGGAAUGCCAAUUUCUUGGAAAGCACCAGAUAUGUUGGAUGCUGGGAGAGGAGGAACAGGAGCAGCGGCAGCGGCAGUAGUGCAGCAGCAGCAACAAAGGCUAAGCACUCUUCAGGCUCCAGCACCUCCCACCGAGCUGUUCAGUAUGGAAACAAAUAGCUCUUCUUGCAAAUGGUCAUCUGAGCAUCUGUGGCUGGGGCAAAGAGUCACAGGAAAGGCAAGAGCUGCUUCACAGAAUCCUGAUUUGUCAGUGAGGUGGAAAGCCAACCUUGCAGCUCCUCUUCCUUGGAUUCAGCUUCCCUAUGUGUUCCUGGAGUGAGAAGACAAUCGUUUUUCUGUUUGACCCUGAACUUCAAGACAUGUCUUACAAGACAUAGCCAUCUCUGAAGCCAUGGCAAAGAUGCUCCCAGCACAGGAAGCAGCAAAGAUCUAUCAUACCAACUAUGUGAGGAAUGCUCGAGCCAUGGGAGUGCUGUGGGCACUGUUCACCCUCUGCUUCGCUGUGAUCAUGGUGGUAACAUUCAUCCAGCCCUAUUGGAUUGGGGACAGCAUUGACACUCCACAAGCUGGUUAUUUUGGCCUCUACUCCUAUUGCAUUGGAAAUGCCCUGACCAGUGAACUCAUCUGCAAGGGUAGCCCACUGGACUUUGGCACCAUCCCUUCAAGUGCUUUCAAAACAGCUAUGUUUUUUGUGGGAAUUUCUACCUUUCUUAUAAUUGGCUGCAUCCUCUGCUUUAGCCUCUUCUUCUUCUGCAAUGCAGCCACUGUCUACAAAGUGUGUGCUUGGAUGCAACUGGCAGCAUGUGCCGGCUUGUCCAUUGGCUGCCUGCUCUACCCUGAUGGCUGGGACUCCCCUGAGGUGAAACGCAUGUGUGGAGAGAAGACUGACAAAUACACCCUGGGAGUCUGCACUGUGCGCUGGGCAUACAUCCUUUGCAUCAUCGGCAUUCUUGAUGCCCUCAUCCUUUCUUUUUUAGCAUUUGUGCUUGGCAACCGGCAAGACAAUCUUCUACCCUCUGAUUUCCAAGUGGAAAACAAAGAGGAAGCAAAUAAAUGAAGACUGAAGGAAUCGCAAGUGUACCUACUUCCUUGAAUACUGAGUACUCCAACUUGACCUUGGACUCAGAAAAACUGCUUGAUACAUAAGUGAUAAUGUGGAUUCUGCCAGUUAUCUAGACACAUCAGUCUGUAUUAUAGAAGAAUGAUUCUGCAAAAAACUGUGCGCUCUUUUCUAGAAAAGACUAUGACAAAAUAAAUUUUGUUUAGUGUGACAUUAAUUGGUUUGGAUCUCCACAUCCUAUUUGCAACCAUGUUUUGUAUGUUCUAUACCUGCAGUGCCCAACAGAUCUGGAUAAUUAAUAAUAGACCUCAAAACAUUUUGCUGAAUUAAAUAUUGCAUCUAUUCAGCUAGUUUAAUAUUACUUAUAACAGGCAUAUAUAUGCUGCUCUGCAAACUCUUACUUCAGGAAAAUGUAACCCUUUAACUCUUGUGAGUUCUGUUCAAAUGUCUAUAUAUAGCAGAUAUGGUUAUGCUUUCCUUAAACCAAUGGGAUACAAUCCCCCGUUAAUUUAUUUGUCCAGCGAGUAUGAAUUGAAAAAAGUUAGGUUGUACGUAGGAGUUACAGCUUUGAACUUUUGGAUCAAGAUGUUAUUCAGGAUUACUCUGCAUUUCAAUCAAGAGGUGAUAGUAUAUUUGUAUAUCCAAUUUACAUUUGCCACAAAGCAAUUCUGAAAGAAAUGGAUCUUUCAAAGUUUUGAAUAUAUUAGGUAUACAUCCUAUCUGAUAUAGAAAGCACACACCCCC